UUUCGUGCUGCUUUUCUUGCUAGAUGAAAAUACUGCGUUCUGAUUAGUACAUUUCCGUAGAUGGAUGGAACUAUUCAUCUACGAAAGCAAGCAAACUAGCACGAAAACAAGCACCGUGUGCCGCUGGCUUUAAAUAUCGGAACGCAGCCUACCGCAGAAUACCGGUCUAGAAUAUUGCAGUAUAACAGCAUUCUAUAAAAUGAGCUAUAAAAUUGUUACAUGAUAUUAUUUAGUUUAUUAAAUAAAAGAGACAAUAAAAGAGUACGAUCAAAGUGGGGUCUGUUUUUAUCCAUAUCGCUUCAUCUUUGCGGUUGUUAACUUGUAAUAGUGUUUAUCAAAGUUAACCUCUAAUUCUACCGUGAAGAAAAAUGAAGAGUGCGAUGGCAGUAUUUAAAAUAAUACAAUCCAAUGGGUUUGCCAUGGCAUAUCGUUCAUGUUAUAGGGGAUAUUGCACUACAGAAGAAGUAUAUACACUGUCGAAAAAGAAGGAGCAACAUCCGUACCUAAAGAUUCAUCCGUGGAAAUCGGAAAACGAGUUCAGGAAAUAUUUGUUGGAAAACAUUAUUUACAAUGCAGAUGGAAUGGUCGUGAUAAAUAAACCAUAUGGUAUACCUUUAUCUAAUACAUUUACAAAUGAUAAACCUUUACCUAUAAAACAAUGUCAUCACAUUGUAAAAGCAGUGGAUUAUUCCAUAGAAAAUGUUUUACCACAUAUUGCAAAAGAAUUAGACGUACCUGCCUUAAUACCAUGUAUAGGUGCAGAAAAAUAUAUGUCUGGUGUCUAUGUGUUUGCAAUUAACAAUGAUGUAGUGAAACAGGUAAUGAAAGCAAGAACACAAGCAACAUAUGCCCAGAAAUUUAGAAAAUAUUGGGGAAUUACAAUUAGAGUUCCAAAUGAGAUUAAGGGAUCUUAUUAUUUAGCAAUGAAGUUAGAACAAUCUCAAUCUGGAAAUAAAAAGCCUAUUUUUAUAACACACUGGUCUAAAAAUGAACAGAAAAGAGGAGAUAUUAAAAUUAUGAAUGUAAAGUAUAAACUUCUGUCAAAUUCAACACAUAACUUAUGUUCUCUAAUAGAGAUAGAAUCAUCCGCAAGAAAAUGGCACUGUGUUAGGUUGUUUGCUAGCAUUAUGUUAUACAGCCCGAUUCUCGGAGAUAAUUAUCAUGGAUCACGGGUUCAGGAAAUUAUGGGUACAUGGAUGAAAGUUAAUACAUUUAGCGAAUCAUGUUUGAACAUGCCAAAGAUAAAUAGACAGCUGCUAGAAUUGCUAAAAUUGACACCACGUCAGCAAGAAAUUAUUCCUGUUCACCUUCACUUGAGAAGUAUACAUUUACUCUCUUUUGGCAAGAAACAUGAAGAUAUAGUGCUAGAAGCACCUUUACUACAACCUUUCAAUUGGACAUGCAAACAACUUAUGUUUAAGAACAUACCAUGUGAAGCUAAUGAUGCAAGUAUAGAAGAAAUAAAAAUAAAUAAUAUGUAAUAUUUUAUAAGAUAU